CGGUAAAUGAGCGCCAAUGUUAUUCGAGUUUAUUUCGUUCACAUUGAGUGUUAGUUACUAAAAUUGAUGUAAAGAAAAGCGCAAAGGACUUUCGUUCCAGCCUAACAACAUUAUGUUAUGGCCCUUGCCCACAUAGCUCUCACGUGUGCCACAUGAUUCUCCGAGAUAGGGAGAGCAACCAGCAAAUCGUGGAACCAUGCGGUUCGUGACAAAAAAAAACAUGAAUAAGCAGCAACGUCCCUGAGAGAGAGCGUGAGAGUCUCGUAAAUCGUUGAUUCAUUCUUUCACUGUUUUUGUUGUGUAUCAACAAAUCCCAACCUGCUGAUAAAGGAGGAGACUGUCGCAGUGUGAAAAUAACUUCUCGAGUUCAAUCAGUUUUUGGAAUUCUUUAUAACAAAACCGAGCGGUGAAAGUUCGUUUUGUGAUUGCAAAGUGCAGACAAUGCAGACCGUACAAAAUUUGACGGACGGUAUAUUGGGUUUACCACACAUCGUCGUGAACAGUUUGCUCGGACGGGGCGACGCAACUUCUGGCGACUACCUGUCUGAAGCUGAUGCACCUGAUAAUAAUAAUAAUCCUGAGGCAGAAGGCGUGACUAGUGGUGAUACCGAUAGUAACAUCGACGAUGACAUCACCCAUAACAACAACGGUGAAUCGAUUUCUAUCGACGAAGCCACCGUGGCGGAGGAUGAUGCCAUUUCACCAACAAGGCAUUGUAUACCCGACCGGUCCCACGCCAUACCGUACGCACUGAUCACAGAACAGUGGCAAUUGGUGCUGGAUCAGGAAUGUACCAUUCCGGAGAUAGAAAAUUCCAUACUGAAAUGCAAAGAUCUCGUCCUAGGGUGCGCUGAGGACACGGAGGACCGCAAGUGGUUGGUCAGACACCUGAUAGAGCUCCGAUAUCGCCUCCGCGAGCUGCAAGAUGUGGAGAACGAUUUGGAUGGUUCACUACCGGGGACUAAGGUCAUUUUGGGACAUCAUUUCAUUGCGCGUAAAAAUUGUCCCAGAUAUAAGGUGUACUGUGAUCACUGCUCUGGGAUAAUUUGGAACGUGGUGCAGGCUUCCUACGUAUGCAUCGAUUGCUCAUUUGCCGUCCACCACAAAUGCAUACGCAAUGUGAUAAGAAUUUGUGCUCACGUUAUCAGUGCUGAGCAGAACCUACCCGUUGAGUGUAUUUGUCCGGAGAUUGGGUUAGCAUUCCAGAAGUAUACUUGUGCUGAAUGUGGGUCGCAGCUGAAUUGCGAUUUAUCAACCGCUGUCAGCUGCUUCGGACUAGAGUUUAAAGCAGAAAAAUUCAACUCGAUCGAGCCUCGUUUGUGUGAUUACUCGGGUCUGUACUACUGUCCAGCUUGCCACUGGAACGACACUAGCGUGGUUCCCGCCCGAGUAAUUAACAAUUGGGACUUUGUACCGCGUAAAGUUGGUCGAGCCUCACUGCAACAGAUUCGCCUGCUGUACGAUCGGCCCGUUAUCAAGCUGGAGGAAAAGAAUCCACGUUUAUUCCAGCUCGUUCGGAAACUCGGUGGGGUCAAACGUUUGCGCCAAAAGCUGACCCAGAUGAGACGAUAUUUAACGGUGUGUCGAAUCGCCGACGAGUUGCGGCUAAUGCGAGACAGCAUGGGAACUAGAAGACAUUUGAUUCAAACCAUCGAUAUGUACAGCGUGGCGGAUUGCGUUGGGGUGGAGAAUGGGACGCUGCCAGAGUUCCUGCAGAGGAUGCAUGACACGUUUGACAAACACAUUAGGAGCUGUCUGAUCUGUUCCGGGAAAGCAUACAUCUGUGAGGUAUGCAACAAUAAUGAAGUAAUUUUCCCAUUCGAUGAUAGUGCUAUUUCCUGCGAGCGAUGUAAUUCGGUUACACAUCGCGCUUGCCAUUUUCGGAAGAACAUGCAAUGCCUCAAAUGCGCCCGCCUCCGGAUUCGUAAGCAACAGCUACGAAACGAAAUUCUGGACGCGGCGAAUGGAAAUUAGAGAAACUAUAGCUAAUACUUGUUGAAAUUUUGUCAGGCUUUGGCACAGCUUUCGUCGCAUUAAUCUCGAGGACAUGUCAUCUUGGAGUCUGGUUGUUUCGGCUUUCGACAUUAAGCAAAAAAAAUUUUAUAUUUAUCAUAUUCACAAUAAAACUAAACGAAAAAUGAACCUGAAUCAAUCUA